AUGACGCUGGGUCUGAUCAAUGCGAACCCCGUGGUUCACGCUAAAAGGGAAAGGGUUGCUCGCACUGAAGAUCUCCAUGCUGACGAUGCCGUUGAUCCUCUCGAUAUCUAUGAUAUCCUUUCCAUUUCUCGCUAUCCAGAGCACCCAUAUUCCUUAGAGCAGCUCAGCGUGCUUUCGGAGGAAUCGAUCACCGUUGAUGACAAGCUCGGUCGUAUUCUGAUAACUUUCACGCCGACCAUUCAGCAUUGCAGUAUGGCAACAGUGAUAGGUCUUUGCCUGAGAGUUAAACUAAAACACUGUUUCCCUCCUCAUUAUAAGGUUGACAUUAAAGUAUCUCCAGGAUCGCAUGCAAAUGAAGAAUCAGUUAACAAGCAGUUGAAUGAUAAAGAAAGAGUGGCUGCUGCCCUGGAGAAUCCCAACCUUCGCCAACUCGUGGACGAGUGCCUGUAUUCCAAUGAACUCUGA